AUGGCGACGGCGGCGGCGGCGGCGGGUGAGACGGACGACGACGGACGACGGACGACGGACGGACGACCGACCGACCCGUCCGACCGACCGACCAAUCGACAACGUGAUGGUGAACGCAGCCAGCAAGGAUCCGCAAGAUCAGCGGAAGAAACCGUAGCAAUCCAACGAAAUUACAUCGAUGCGAGAUCCCGAGUGAAUCUACUACGAACGUUUUGCGCUUUCCACGUGAUCAGUUCGUUAGUAGAGCUACUACAACUCCUUGGUAAACUACCGAGUAAACAAAAAAGCGAAUAA